CACCGUCCCAAUUCCCAAAUAAAAAGGGCCAGCCCGGCAGGACGGCAACCAAACCAGUGCCGGCUCGAGGGCUUCUAGGUUUGGAUACGCGAUGAAUCCCCUUCCGGCCGCCUCUGAUGUUACGGAGAGCGUGCCCGACGCCGAUGGAGCCAGAAGCGUGCAGGCUCGAAUCGCCCGCGGACCGCCGUCCCAAAGAACAUUCUCUACCUGCGAUUCUCAGAAGUUGAUCGACCUCCGGGGAUUAGUUGGGCUGAUUGACGUCGCCCGUUCCCCAGGUGGUUCCGGUCCUGUGAUCCGCAUCGCCGGUACUAGUUCUCUUGGCCACGCCAUCUACAAGAAGGCACCACGGGAGCUCCCGGGGCUGAUUGACGUCGCCCGUUUCCGAAGAGGUUCCGGUUCCGUGAUCCAGCGGCCGCAGCUGCCACCGCCGCGCUGGUCCCUCAGAGAUUCCUUAAGCGACCCCCUCUUCGAGAUUUUUGCGGUAUAUACGCAUUUCCCUCUCAUUGGCGAAGUAUUGGUCUUCAAUGGCAUGGCCACACAGAUCAUCUGCCAGAGCAAGAGUGUGGAUGCGUUUAAUUCAAGCAAAGCGCAAUGGGAAUUAAAACAUCCCAGAUCUAAACAUGUUUUCAGGAUGGAGCUGCCUCCUACGGGGCCAUCAAGGUACAUCUCAGCCGAAUCAGGCGUUCUCCUUCAAGUGAAGAUUGACCCAACUGAGAAUGAACCUGUGGAGGUAUCCAACAAGCUGGUCGAUUGGUUCAAUUCGCCCAUGUCUGACAAAUGCAACUCUGUCACCAUCCAAACACGCAAAGGCAAAGUAGAUGUGUUAUGCGCGGUGAUAAAUGAUGCUGUGGAGGUCACCCUGAGUGUAUGGCUGUGCAUACCUUGUGAGCUAUGCUCCAAUAGCAUACACGGUUCCAUCACCGCGCACACAGACAUAUUUCAUCGUGAUAUCACCAUAUUCACCAGAGGUGCCAAUUCAGGUGUUAAUCCUCUACAGCGUGUUGCCCAUCCAGUACCGCCCUUUCUCUGCGAUGAAUCGCACCGCCAUGUGUGCCUCCCAUUGGUGCGGCCUUUCCUUGCCGUGCCUAUUCAAGCGACUCGCUUAGAGUUUAAGGGGUCCCUAACGAUAGGGAAAUCCAAAACACUGAGUAUCAAGGAAACAGUUCUUCUCAAUGCAGAGGAUAUUUCGAGCCAGUGGUUCAAGCAUGAAGAUGAAGAUUGCUAUACUAGGCUGUCCCUGUCUAUUAGGUGGGCUCGCUAGUGUACACUCAUGGUGCUCAGGGAUGCUUGGGAUCUUUACUUGGGCCAUGGCGCUGUCGGAAGAUUGACAAGAGAGGUUUCUGCAAGUCUGGCAAAGUCGUUGUGUUAUCCCAGCCUUGUAUGAUAAAUUGUCUUAUUAAUAGGUAUGUGAGCGAGUGUUCAACUUGUAAUCUGAUAAAGUUUGCUGCUAUGUAGUUUGAUGUGUAUCUUAUUACUCGUAUGUGAGCAAAUAUUUAACCACAA